AUGCCAUCUGUCGUUCCAGAGUUUGAGGCGGCGAAUGAGAGAUAUGUGGCUUCCUUCACCAAGGGAGAUCUACCCCUCCCGCCUGGCCGCAAGGUCGCUGUUGUAGCAUGUAUGGAUGCUCGACUGGACCCCGCGAAGGCCCUGGGGCUGGAAGAGGGCGACGCCCACGUCAUCCGCAAUGCCGGCGGCCGCACCAUUGACGCUUUGCGCUCGGUCGUCAUCUCGCAGCAAUUGCUGGGCACGCGAGAGAUUGUCAUUGUCCAUCACACGGACUGCGGGAUGCUCACCUUCUCGGAUACCGACAUCAAAGCCAAGAUCCGGGAUGAUCUGAAUGAGAACGCGGACCAUAUCGCGUUUUUACCCUUUGGUGAUUUGAGGAAGAGUGUGCUGGAUGACAUUGAGAUCCUCAAGAAGAGCCCUCUUGUGCUUGAUGUGCCCAUCACCGGGUAUAUUUACGACGUGAAGACCGGCAAGGUGGACAAGGUUAAAGAAUGA